GCGAGUUUAACUUAGGAUAAGGUGGAUUUUAACAUGGACUUGGAGCUUGUUUGUAGAAUUUGUCUGGAGCAGCCAAAAAAUGAAUCGCUAAUGGCCACAAAUGACGAGUUUUAUACACAGAUAGAACUCUGCACGGGACUGCGACUGCAAUUGAUGCACGCGUCCAAAACAGCCACCAAAAUAUGCACCAGUUGUGCUUUGCUUUUGCGAGCGGCGCUCAAGUUGCGCACAAUUUGCGAACAGGCUGACAAGCGCCUAAGAUCAGAAUUUCUGCUGCUGGAGAAGGAGCCUGAUCUAAAGGAGGUGGUGGAAGAGGCAAGUAGUGCCUUUGGCGAAAAUGAGGAGGACGAUGAUGAGGAUAUUUGCGCAAGCGAAAUCCACUUGGAUUAUCUGAACACGGAUGAUGAAGGAUCCCAGGAACAACUGACCAUAAGCAUAAAAAGCGAUAGCGAUACAAACGAUGCAGAAACAGCAGCAGAAGGAAAAUUAAAUGGAUUAAAAAAUAACAAAUCGCCUGUUAAGGAUACAACAAACAAAUACUUAAAGAUCAAACGAAUUUCAAUCGCUGUUCAAAAUGCUGCCUUAGAAGCCAAAUCUCCAGACCUGCUGGGCGUCUCAUACGUUUGCAAAUUCUGCAGCAAUGUCUACUCAGAUAAAGUUAAGUUGACGGCACACAUGAAGCUGCACAGCGAAUACAAGCCACAUGAAUGCGAAAUCUGUCAAAAAAGAUUUCGGCAGACACCACAAUUGGCACGUCACAUGAACUCGCACACUGGCCAGCGACCCUAUAAAUGCAAGUUCUGUAGCUCUCGUUUCGCCGAUCCCUCAACACAUAAAAAACAUGAACGCAUUCACACAAACGAACGACCGUAUAAAUGUGAGUAUUGCAGCAAGUCCUUUGCCUAUUCGAAUGUCCUAAAUGUGCAUCUAAUGGUGCACACGGGUGAGCGUCCCUUCAGCUGUCAAUUCUGCGAUCGUCGCUUUUCACAACUGCACCAUAAAAAAGCACACGAGCGCGUUCACGAACGUAACGCAAAGGGUUUAUAGUCUAAGGAGAGAACUAAUAAAAUAUUUAAGUCCUGAAUUGUGCAAAAAUGUAAUGCGUAAUAACAUGAAGCUUAUCAUAAAUUUGUUUAAAAAAUUCUCUGUAAAGUUGA